AUGUCGUUCUCCAAAUUCAUCCCCAACGUUAGUCUUUCCGUGCAAGACUCGGAACUCUACCACCACUUCAUCGUCAACUUCAUCCCCACCAUCUCGUUGCCCCAUUCGCAUCCGCUCCUAUCCCCAGUUCACAUCUGGGGCCAGAUGGGCAAACAGUCGCAAAUCUUGGCCGACAUCUUCUUGUGUUGCGGUGCCUCUUAUUUAUCCUGUGCCUACAAACUUCUACCAGAAGCCGCCGAUUUAUCCAGUCACUACGAGGAUUUGGCUGAAAGAAAGUACCACCAGGCGUUGAAGUCCCUUGGCACAGCCAUCAACAUGAAACAGGUCGACAUCGAUAGCGACUGGUUGAUCGUUGCCGGUUUAACCUUGUGUCUCCGUGAUAGAGCAUAUGGACUCAAUGGUUCCAGAUGCGCAAAACACCUUACUUUCGUGUACAACCUCCUUCAGCGACGGUACUCUCAAAAGAGUCUCACUGCCGCAAGUUACCAAGAUCCAACAUAUAAUCUGGAUGGGGUUUUGGAGGUGAAUAGCCCUCAAAAGAUCAACCUAUACAAUUCUUUGAUCACCCCAACUGAAAAGCUAUUGAUGGACAGUUUCGUCUUCAAUUAUUCGGCUACCUUGUUGAGUUGCUCGAAACUGGAUCUCAUGACCUUACCUUCGCCGUACGGUUUCUUUCCCAAGAUCAAAGAAUGGUUGAAUUGUCCAAUUUACCAGGACUGUGAUGUGGCUUGGAUGAACAACCCCGUGCUAGGCUCAGCUCUUGAAUCCUUCGAAGUUAGUGCAAAAUUGACCUGGCUUUCAAGGUUACAUUUUGAGGUUGGAAAUGAGAAAGUUGUGGACAAGGACAGUGAGUUGUACAUGGAUAGUGAAAGGUUCUGGAGUAUGAUUUUACCGUUGAAGGAUGAACUUCAAGUGAUUGACAAAAAGCUCGAGUUGUACAAACUUGAGUUGGACCCUUUAAGGUACUCCAAGGCUCACAUAAUCUCCUAUGAUGAUUUGAGAAGUAACUUGGCAGUUGCCAUUAUAGUUCUCAAUUCUGCUAAAAUCAUGUUGGAGAAAUAUAUCAAUCCUAAGGUCCCUUCCUUUUUGCCAUGUGUUCAGGACCCAGUGAACGCCGCGUUCCGGGAAUUAGAGCAUGCGCCAUUGGGAAAUUCUUCUGCUUCUUUGUCGGCAAUCAGUUUGUUCAUAUUGGGUACUGCCACCAAGGAGGCUUCACGCCGUGAUUUUUUGGCAAACAUUUUAAAGGAAUUUUCGGUUGCAUUAGCCUCCAAUGUCGGUUCAAAUAUUUUGAGAAUAUUGACCGGAGCAUGGGAAAAGGAGGAUUUUGAUAAAAAUGUAUUGAAUUUAGGAGACCAGGGUUACAAAAGUUUUGAUUUGUUGUUCGAUAGAGAGAGUAUCGAACAAUUGGCUUUUUAA